UUUCAAGAGAUUGAAAAAUAACGGGGAAAUAAGAGAAGGAGAGUGCAAUAAUUUGAGGUGGAACGAUCUGUUCCAAUUUUACUCCCCCUGUUCCGAUUUCUCUGUUUUUGAGAGAUUUGAGGAAUAUCAGAUUCAGAUUUCUGGGUGGAAAAAUUUCAGCAAAUUGUUUCCGAUUUGUUCUCAUUUUGUUUCGAGUUCCAAAUAGAUGAUCGAUCUCUUCGAUUUUUUAUAUAUAAUCCGAUCAAAACGCAAACAAUUUUUCUUUUGUUUUUCAGUUUUGUUUUGUUGUGGUUCUUCUUUUAUGGAGCAACAACUGAUAGAUUCUUAAAGAAGAGUAUGUGUAGGCCUGAAAGUGACUGUGUUUACACGAGCUUUGAUUUUAGGUGAUAUUUGUUUGGAUGCUUUCUGGAUUCAAUACAUUGAAACUUCUUGUGUUUUUGUUUCUUGAAAUCGACCGAUUUCCUGUUUUAGCGAUUGAUUUUAGUUGAGAAUCUGAUUUGGAGUAUUGUAACCUUGAUUGAUUCGAACUGCGUUUGAGAAUUGGGGAAAAACAAAUUCUCAAAGUUCUUCAGAUUUUAAGAGUUUUUUCAUUGUUUCCAUAUGGAGGCUACUGAAUCAAACAGGUGCCAUCUGCCGCUCCUUUCCAUUUCGAGAUUUUAUCUGUAAAUUCUUUGGAAAACCGAUUAGUUUCGUUGUUAAAAUUUCCCCCAAAAGUUGUUCAGUCGUCUGGAGUGGAACCCAUGGCGGUAUCUUUCAGCCGUUUCUCAUUGUGGGUUUGGAAUAGGAAGGAGAAGAAGUCUGUUGCUAAUGGUUCUCCUUCGAGUUCUUCGUCUGAGUUUGGUAAUGGAUUGAGAGAAUCAGAGCGUCUCAAAUUCAAAAGGGGGGUGGGGUUGCCUUCAUCGGCGAAGAAGGUCGAGAAGCAGCAAUGGGGAAGUAAGAAAGAAACGAGGAUUGAGUGGGAAUGUGAUUAUGUGAUGGUACCAUCCGGCGGUGAUGGCAUGCAAAUGUCGGAGUCUGACGCCCCUGGUGAGGCCGAUUGGAGUAUUGGUUGGUUGGAGCCUCACGGUCCUGGCUUUAAGAGUGAUGAUAGUUUUGCCGUUCUGGUGCCUUCGUAUAGCAAUCGUUGCAAGGAAGUGGUAGAGUGUUCAAAUGUGGAGCUUCUGGCUGCCAUCAAGAAUCUUCAAACUGAGUUCUCACCUGAGAGCCAGAAGCACAUGGAACUGUUGCUUUCUUCCCUGCAAAACUCCAAAGCCUGAAAUGUGCAAGGCAGAGCAUCAUCUUGACUAGCAGCACUUUAUGAAAUAGAGUAACAAACCCUAGUUUUGGUCUGGAAAACCAUUGGAAGGGAGAUUUUCUUCCUUUAUGUAUAUAUUCAAUAAGACAGUCUUAACUGUUUCAUUUCUCCAAUUUCCUUGAAAUAUUUCUUGGGUGGCUCUGUAAUUAUCUCUCACGAACUUGUUCAUCCUCCUCCCACUGUUUCUCAUACUUCGACGCUUCGUUCUCGGUGUUCAUGUCCUGUUUCAAUGGCUGUAAUUGAAGCACUGUACUCGUUCAGAGAAUGAAUCAACUGCCUGCAAUAUAGAAUA